AUGAGGAUAUUGAAUGUUGCCGAGAAACCUUCUGUUGCAAGAUCGAUAUCCUCGGUCUUAUCGAAGGAUCUAAGUGUCAGGAGAGGGCUUCAUCAGUACUGUCCAAACAUCCAGUUUGACCAUGGCAAUCAGAUGGUCUUCACAAGUGUUCUGGGACAUGUGCUCUCGAGCGACUUUGAGAACAAGAGCCGGUGGGAUGAAGUAGAUCCAGAGACACUGUUUACAGAAAGGAUUGUCAAGUAUGUACAGCCGGAGUUUAUAAAGGUUAAGGAAAAUAUAGAAAGAGAGGCGUUGAAAUGCGACAUGGUUGUGAUUUGGACUGACUGUGAUAGAGAAGGGGAAAACAUUGGAAGGCAGAUAAGAGACAUUGUCCUUGGGGUGAAGAAGGUUGAAGUGAAGCGGGCAAGAUUUUCUGGGAUCACUCUCCGGGACAUAGAGGGAGCAUUGGGAAACCUAGGGGAAAUAAACGAAGCAGAGGCAGAGGCGGUCGAAGUACGCAUGGAAUUGGAUCUUAGAAUAGGAUCGGCGUUUACUAGGCUGCAGACCUUGUCACUGGGCAGGACGAUACAGGAGAAAAGGGUACUAAGCUUUGGGCCGUGCCAGGUACCUACAUUGGGAUUUGUGGUUGAGAGGGCAAGGGAAAGGGAGAGCUUUGUCCCUGAGAUGUUCUGGACUCUAAUGUUUAAGACUAAAAGUAAGAAACUUGGAGAUGAAUUUACGUGGAGAAGAGGAUCUGUCUUUGAUAAGAACUGUGUUAUAUGUUUCCAUAGAAGCUUGUCUGGAGAAAGUGCUAGGAUAGUGUUAAAAGAAGUGAGAGAAAGAACCAAAUACAAGCCGCUUCCUCUUAGAACUGUUGAGCUUCAGAAGAAAUGUUCAUCGUACUUCAAGCUAAGUGGACACAAGGUGAUGGAGAUUGCAGAGGGGCUGUACAACAAAGGAUAUAUAAGCUAUCCCAGGACAGAGACAGAUGCAUUCGAUAGGAAGUUUGACUUCAAGUACAUAUUGGGUAAGUUAUGUAAGGAUUCGAAGGUAGGUGAGCAUGCUGAGAAGUUGAUUGGGGGGUUUGAUUAUCCGCGGAAUGGAAGAAACAAUGACAUGGCACAUUCUCCAAUAUAUCCACUAAAAGAAGGGACAGGACUUUCAGGAAAGGAUAGAGAUAUCUAUGACUUUAUUUGUAGAAGGUUUCUUGGAUGUAUAUCAAAGGAUGCCAAGGGCCUUGAGACACGGUAUGAACUGAAGAUUGGAUCUGAGAUGUUUGAUCUGAAGGGGAUAAGGGUGGUCGAAAAGAACUAUCUGGAGGUGUAUUACUAUGAUAAGUGGGAUGAUAAAGAAGUCAGUGACUUUCAGAUGGGAGAGAUGGUUUCGGGGGAUCUUUGUAUCUCGGAGGGCAAGACAACACCUCCAAACUAUCUUACCGAGGCCGAACUGAUAAGCCUGAUGGAUAAGAAUGGAAUAGGAACAGAUGCAACGAUACAUGAGCAUAUUCAAAAGAUUCAAGAGAGAGGAUAUGCAAUCAAGGUUGGAGAAGAAAUAAGGCCUCUGGAGCUUGGGGCAGCUCUUAUUGGAGGAUAUGAAAGGUUUGGAUUGAAUGUUGGCAAGCCUGAGCUUCGGAAGAGCCUAGAAGGUAAUCUCAAGAAGAUAUCGGAGGGCCGGAUGAGUGGAAGAGAAGUAGUGAAGGAGGGAAUUAUAGCCUAUAGAGACAUAUAUGCCCUCCUUAAAAGAAAUAUCGAGGAAUUUGUCUGUAUUCUUAGACAGGGUAUUGAAAAUGAUACAAAGCGGCUGGGAGUGGAGAAGAGAAAAAAGGCGGAAAGGGCAGAACAAGGAAAGACAAAAGCAGAGGGUUUCAAGGGUCUCAACCCAAAGAAAGCUCUGAACAAAGAAGGAGAAAAGAAAAGAGUGGAAUGUGAUUGUAAAGACGAAGCCAAGGUGCUGAAGGUAAAGAAGGGAGACAAUACUGGAAAGGAGUUCUAUUGUUGUGGAAAGACAGCAAAAAGAUGUUAUUUUUUCCAGUGGUGUGACAAGGAGGAAACCAAGAGAGACGAGGAGCUGAAAUGCUUCUGCGGGUUUGAGCCCCAAUUGCUUGUAGCAAACACAGAAAACAAUAAAGGAAGGAAGUUCUUCAAGUGCAAGAAAGCAUACAAGCCAUGUAAGUUCUUCCAAUGGGAGGAAUGA